AGCCCACUAGCGAGUGCUUGAGAUGCUCGGGUGAGAGCCGGAGAUAAUCCAAUUGUAAAAACACUCCCAAAUUUUGGCGCCAAUUUUGUUUUCCCGUAUCCCGUCUAAACCUUCAAAGUUCAGACUCCUCCUUCACCAGUCACCACCAAUCCCCGUACUUCAACAUUUCAUCACACAGAGCGAUGUCGUUUCGUAACAAACGACCAUCCAAACCCUUCGUUUCUCCGUUCUCCCACCCUUCCAAAAUCCCCAAACCCACCGUCACCACCACCACCGCACCACCACCUCCGUCUCAACCUCCGUCGCAAUCCGUAACAACCUCAAUUGAUCAAUUGGUCUCGAUCCUCGCAGACGCCGGAUGCACGUUAAUCAACACCUCCGGUCCCCCGUGCCUCCCUGCUGACGUACACAAGCUCCGCCACCGUCUUCAGAGUCGGUUUUUGUUAGAUCCUGUUCUUCGGUCGAAGUUUUUGGCUGGAUUUGGUGCUUAUAUUGAUAGCCGCAAUGAUUUGAGGAGGGUCUUAUUACCUUCCAAUCGCGAUAAUUCUGGUAACGGACGAAGUGAGAGCUUAGCCAGGGUGCUCUUGCUGGUUCCUUCAAUACAAUUAGAUCUUCAAAACAUGUUGAUUGAGAAGCUUCCAGAGUAUUUUGAUAACGAUAACUGUGGUCACUCUUCAUCCUCCACUUCACGUUUGGAUGAAGACAUAGCUAGACUGAUACUAAACCAGUUCCGGUGGCUCGAUUUUCUAGUGGAUUGUGAAGCGUUUACGGAGAAUUUGUUCCAAGUGUUAUCGAUUUGUCCACCUCACUUGAAGAAAGAGAUCAUUGGAUCGUUGCCCGAGGUUAUGGGUGACACUAACAAUAAGACUGUGGUUGAUUCACUUGAGAAGGUGUUGCAAGAUGAUUCAACUGCCGCAGUUGCUGUUAUCGAUUGCUUCUCUAGUCUUAAUUUGGAUGAUAUGUUACAAGAUAAGGUUACAACGAUAGCACUAUCAUGUAUUCGAACGAUUGAAGCGGAGAAGUUGCCAUACCUACUCAGGUUUCUACUUCUGUCCGCAACACCGGCAAAUGCUCGAAGAAUAAUUACACAAUUUAGGGAACAAUACAAGCUUGUUGGAGUCUUUGAUACGCGUUCAACUCAACAUAAUAAACUUAAGGGGAAAUCAGUUGUGGAUAAUGCGGAAGCUUCAGUUCUUGAUGCUCUGGGGUCUAGUUUUCGUUUUAAAAAUAUUCUAUGCCAGGAGAUACUAAGCGAACUUCAGUACGUUGACAAACCACAAGAUCAUAAGGUGAUUGACGUCUGGUUAUUGAUGCUUAUUUAUAAAAACUGUGAAUCUAUGCAAAAGAGUGUUGAAAAGGUACUAAAGAAGAAAAUCAUUGAAGGCUCUAUUCUUGAUGUUUUGUUUGAGCAAUGCUUAUUGGGUAACAAGGAAUUGGUAAAGGAUCACUUUUGCUCAUUUUUGCAAUUUGCGGAAUACUUAUUGGCUUGCAAAGAACAGAAAGUAAGCAAAUUUGGCAUUCAGAUGUAUAAGUAUCUAUUUGAGGGGUUUCCCGAUACUUACUCAAGACAGGAAGUCUUAGGGUCAUUGGUCACCCAUGUGGGCUCCGGCAUUACAUAUGAAGUCAGCUCAGCUUUAGAUGCUAUGGUCAUGCUAGCCUCUAAAUACUCUCAAGAACUAAUUCCAAUUUGUUCUUACAUAACCGGUAUAUUAGAUUACAUGGAAGGGUUCAGCACUGAAAACCUGCAUAAGGUAUAUGAUGUUUUCUGCCUUCUAUCACGGUCUGCACGGUCUAAUACUGAUUCAUUUGGAUCAUCUAUUGCAGCUGAACUUUUCAUGAUCGUAAGGAAGCAGGUUAGUAAUCCAGAAUUCAAGUACAAGAAAAUGGGUCUAAUUGGAACCUUAAAAAUAUUGUCCCAUUUUGGAAACACAGAUGAGGUGUCUUGUUCUUCUUCAUCACAAAAGUUGAACUAUGAGGAGGCGCUAGAACUACUGAGAACAUCCCUAGAUUCAUGCCAACAGUUGCCGAUAUCAUUAAUCCUCUUUUAUGAUGAACUAUCUGCUAUUCUUGAUUCAAAACCUCUACAUCCAGCAAUUAUGGAACGGGUUGGCCAACUUGUAGGAGAAUUUGAAUCUAUGUUUCUAUCUGAUUUGGAAAGUGGGAAACUGCCUGUUUCUGACUUGUAUUGUGGCCUUGAAGGGGAGCUAUGGAUGAACUUGGAUGGAGAUAUAUCUCCAAUAUGCAUGAACAUAUUGCCACUGGCUUCUUCCUCAUCAAGGUCAACAUCACUACAAACUCUUCCUGCUAACUUUCGUUUACUUUCUGUGAUGGAGAGGUUGGGAAAUCAGGGAUCUUUAGGAGGAAUAGAUGCACUUCUUGGCUGUCCCAUACAUCUUCCUUCUUCCAAGUUCAUCACGGAAUCUUGGCAGUCACUAAAUAAAAAGCAGAAACAUGUUGUCUGCCUCUCUCUUUAUUAUGCAAUUAAUUGGAUCAGAGAACUACUUAAUGCCUUUGGUACACAAGUUGCUGGAAGAUUUGACUGCAUAAGUCAAGCUACAAAGGAGGAUAUGGUUACCAAGAUCUCAAAACGCUUAAAAAACCUUGUAUUCCUUGAGAGCUUGUUAAAUAAUAUACUCAAAGAGUGUCCUCUAUCCUUGCCUGAGCUCUCGUCAGCUUCUUCGCCAGGUCAGCCUACUCGUAUCGAAAAGAACACAGAGCAAAUGAGAGCUAAUCAAGAUUCUUCUCAAAUCAACCGAAAAAAUAAUAAAAAGUCCACAAAGCCAUCGAAAAAUUCUGGCACUCAAGGAAACAAUACCACUCAGCUUACAAUUAUCGAAACAUGGAAGAAAGCAGGUGCAAUAAGUAGUGAUGUUGCAAAUGAAAGUUCUACUGGCCCGUCCUCUAAAGUCAGUCAACCUGAGGCAGCAACAUGUUCUACUACCAACUCUAAUGGAUCUAUAGAUACUGAUAUCGAGAUUUCUGAAAUUGCUAAGCUUUUAGAAGCUCAAAGAUACAGAUUUAGACCUCUUUUGGUUGAUUGUUUCUCAAUUUUGUCGUAUUCAAAGGAUAACGAUUCUUGUUGUGCAGAUCCUACGUGUGAGCUGCCUGUUUACCUUUACCUCCUACGCGAUCUAAAUAGCAAGCUAGAAUAUUUUAGUCCAAAACCAACAUCAUUCAGAUCGUUGAGCACUCCUCUUGGUUUAAGUGGAAUAACAACAGUUGAAUUUGUAAACAAGAUUCAGACAUUGUUUGUGACUUUGAGGAGACACCUGGAUUCUGCUAUAUCUUUACUUGAACACGGGUCUGAAUCAUGUCAAACACACUGGAGCGACCAAUCUUCUAUGGCUGGUAAUCCAGAAAUAACUAACGUGGUGCUUUCUGUACCUUCUGUCUCGAGUUUAGUUGUCAAAGAGACGCUAUUUUGCUUCAGCAAGAUGCUGACCUGCCCAGAUCUUAUACUGUCAAAACAAUCUUCUCUCUUGGAUCUGCUUAAGUCUUUCCAGCUCAAAAAAGUCAAUGAUAUUGGAGGCAUACAGUCUCUGUCAUCAACAGGAGACGUAUUUUGUCUAUAUGGUGGUGUCUUUGAGUUCCUAGAAUCGGUUCUGGAUACAGCACUCUGUUUCUCAUUUAUGCUUGCUUCAGAAGUGGUAGUAACGUUGGAGUCUGUAGUUAUAUCUCUCCAAAAAGUCAUUGACAAGCCACUGGAGGGAACUACGAAACAUAAAACGGCUGUCGCUCAAGAACUACUUGUCACUUCGCGCAACAAACUGUGUUCUUCCGCUCACAAAGUACUGAGUCAUGAUUGGCAUGACAUUGAAAACGGUUGGAAGGGGAAAGGAGAAAUGGUGCAGAAGAUCGUUCAUAUUUACUUGGAAAAUUGCGAGUCUACUUCUCAAUCUUUGGAUGAACUUGCAUGCUCUAUUUUGCCUACGGUAUCUCUUUCUAGCAGAACAACAGCAGAGGAUUAUAGCCACGGUUUUACCACUCUUUGUUCCUCAACUUUUUCCGUUUGGUACAAAGAGUUGCAUGAGCAGAACCUCGUUAUACUUGGCAAACUUGUUAAAGAAGCUGUUCAAAUAAAUAAAUCAAGAGCUACUCCUCAACCAGCAGCGGUCCAGAUACUUAUGGAGAAGCUACAUCGAUCUGUAAAUGUAGUUGUGUGCUUGAUAAAUAUUUGCAAGACUCAUGACAAGAACUCGCUAGGCACUAGGCGGCCUGUGGAGUACCGACUAGCGAUUAAUUGGGAGUAAUCAGGAUUAAUCGGAAUCAAUCAGAUUGGAAUUUUGUAUGUAAUAUUUCAAAAUUAUAUACAUAUAUAUAGUUUUAUUUAUGAUUUAAUAUAUAGAUAGUCUAUAUGUACUACCUAAAACGCUAUAUUUACAACAUCUUGAUGACUAACAUGUAAUAGGUUAGGUCAAUUUUAAUAAAUUACUAUAAGUUGGAGGAUGAAAAUUGUAAUUUAGUUAAAAAAAGGUAAAAAAGGAAAAGAAGCCACUACCCAGAAAGUCGCCGGAAAUUGACUGGCGUUUUGGUCCGACUACCGAUUAACUGACUAACUAACUGAAAAUUACUCGUAGAUGGCCGACUAACGAUUAAUCGCUGACUAGUCGUGAUUUUUACAACACUGAUAUGUAUAGUAUUUAACUUUAUCCUUUUUAAAAAUUAAACACAAACUUGGCGAUUUUGAAAAAAAAAAACAGGUACUAACUAUUAGACUAUGGGCCCACGGGUUCGGUUAAGUUUCUAGAGUUACUCGUAAUCCCUAUAUAUUGUAACGUGCUCAUUCAAUAAUAAUCGUUCAGUCUUUCAUAAUCUUACACUAACUACAAACCGACAAACCAAAUCGUUUUGGUCGGGUUGGGCCAACUCAACUAACUAGGCGG